AUGUCAAUCGACCAAGCUCUCAUCAAAAGAAAACUUCUCAAUGUUGCCACCACCGGUAGAUUUGCCACUUUCGCGCCAGAAGAAACAAACCACCACACCAAACAACUCAAAUCAUAUCUCCAACACCACCAAGAUAAAUUAGAUUCAAUUGAAUUGUUUCAGCUUUUUGAACUAGAUUUCUACUUGUCACUAAUUACAGGACACGACAUUGAAGCCAAAGCGGUACUCGAGAGAUUGAAUGACCAAUUCGGUGGCAAAGUUUCCUCCCAGCGAAUCAAACUACUCAAAUCAAUAUACUUUGAAGCCAUUGGAGAUUUAGAGAGUGCAGGCAAAGUUUUAAGUGAAGACCCAGAUGAGUUGAUUUUGUCGAGGAGACUUACAACAAUGUCCAGGCACGAUGGAGCGAGGUACAUAAGCAAUCUCAUCUACUACUUGAACCUUGCGCCAGGUGAUGUUGUUGCUUGGUGUGAGUUAGCUGAUGAGUAUGCUAAGUUGAAGGAAUACAAGAAAGCUAUCCAUUGUCUUAAAAGGGUUCUCACAAAUCAACCCGAUGCGUAUAUUCUAUACAACAAGAUAGGACUGUAUUAUUAUCAGUUGUCGCUUGGAUCCCAUAAAGAGAAGAAUGAGCUUCUACAAUCAAGUGUGAAGGAGUAUUUGAGACUGGUUGAAAUAUACGCGGGCAAUCGCUCCACCUGGGAAGGAUUGUACACGACAGUUAAGAAUUUGGAGGAUGGCACUGAGAAAGAGAAGUUGAUCAAGAUUUGUGAACGAGAAUUGAGCAAAAACUAG